AUGGCGAAUGCGCGGCGGAGCGUCGAGCAACGCAACGGAAUCGCCGCCGGCGGUUUGGAUGAUUUUCUAAGGAGCCAGAGGCUGGAUGUCGCCGCCGUCACGGAUCAGCUUCGGGCGGAGAUCCUCUGGUCCAAGCUCGUGCGCGGCCGCCUGGGCGCUGCGGUCUCGGUCGGCGAGGGCGAAAUUGACGAGGCGCUCGCCCGGCUCGAAGCAAAUCGGGGGCGUCCCGAAUAUCGUGUCGCCGAGAUCUUCCUGGCGGUUGAAUCGAGCGAGCGGGAGGGCGAGGUCCGCGCCGCCGCCACGAGUCUCUACGAGCAGGUGGCCGCCGGCGCCAGCUUUGCCCAGAUCGCCAGCCAGUUUUCGCAAAGCGCCACGGCCGCCGUCGGCGGCGACAUCGGCUGGGUUCUCGAAGGGGAGCUCCCGAGCGAGAUCGAGGCCGCUCUGGUGCAAUUGGAACCGGGGUCGGUCGCCCCUCCGGUGCGGGCAUUCGACGGCUACACCAUCGUCUCGCUGAUCGACCGCCGCACGGUGCUCUCGGACGCGCCCGCCGCCGGCCCCGGAUCGGGAGGCGAUUCGACAGGAGAUCGGCCUGCGCAGGCUGGAGAUGCUCGCCCGGCGUUACGCACGCGACCUGCACCGCUCGGCAUUCAUCAACGUACGCAUUUGACCGGCGCAGGCGCCCCCGAUGCAGUAGAAGGUGGGCAUGACACCCCGCUGCCGCCGCUCUCUACCGUCAUCGCCCGGCACGACCUGCGGCCCAGGCGCGCGCUCGGGCAGCACUUCCUCCUCGACCCCGGACUCUGCGGGAAGAUCGCGCACGCCGCCCGGCCGCGCACGUCAGCCGUCAUACUGGAGGUGGGGCCCGGGCCGGGCGGGCUGACCCGGGCGCUGCUCGCAGCCGGCGCGGCCCGCGUCGUCGCGGUCGAAAAGGACCGCCGUUGCGUGGCCGCACUCGGCGAGCUCGCGGCGCGGUAUCCCGACCGGCUCGAGGUCAUCGAGGGCGACGCGCUCGCCUUCGACAUCGCGACCCUGGGCCGUGUCCGCAUCGGGAUCGUGGCGAACCUCCCCUAUAACGUCGGUACGCGGCUUCUGCUGCGCUGGCUGGAACAGGUCGAGCGUCUCGAUAGCAUGACCCUCAUGUUCCAGAAGGAGGUCGCGCAAAGGAUCACCGCGACAGGGGGACGGGACUAUGGCGGUCUCUCGGUGCGCGCGCAGUGGCUUUGCACCUGCGAGCGGCUGUUCGACGUAGGCCCGCGUGCCUUCGUGCCGCCGCCCGCCGUGACUCCACGGUGGUGCGUCUGGUGCCGAGGGCCGCGCCGCUCGCGCCGGCGGACCCCGACGCGCUCGACGCCGUGA